AUGCCGCCAGCUAUCGCAGUCCAUAUAAGAGGCAAAUGGGAGCUUGGCUGGAUUCUUUGUGACAUUUGGAUCAGCUUGGACAUACUUCUCUGUACCGCAUCUAUCUUAUCCUUGUGUGCAAUCAGCGUGGACCGAUAUUUAGCUGUGACUCGACCAUUGACGUAUUCCAGAAGACGAAGAUCUAAGAAGCUCGCACUGACAAUGAUAUUUUGUGUGUGGCUAUCGGCUGGAGCUAUCACGUGUCCUCCAAUGUUUGGAUGGUAUGAACCAGAACAUAAUCAAGGAGGUAUGUGCCGGUAUAAUCAAAAUCCUGGCUACGUUGUUUUUUCGGCUAUGGGCUCCUUCUUUUUGCCUAUGAUUGUUAUGGUCUACGUAUACGCAAGAAUAUCUUGCGUGGUGGCAAGAAGGCAUCAGCAACUGGCUAGCACUAACUCUAAAUGUAGUAAGAAAAGAAAGCUGUCGUGUGUUAGAACCGAAUCAGAUUCGGGGUCAGAUAAGUUAACCCUUCGUCAAAGUGUAUCGAAGCAACCAUCCAGAAAUUCAACUCAGCAAAGUAUUAUGUAUAUUGAGGGAACAGCUCAUGUCCCGUACUCUGAAGAAGUACUUCAUUAA